AAAAUUUCAACAAUCACAAUAGUGUUUUGUUAUUGUUGAAAAAAAUAAACAAUUAUUCACAAUAGUUUAAUGUUAUGACAGUUCUUCUUGGCUGCUCUCUAUACUCACACGUGCAAGUGCACAAUAAUCAGUGUUUACUAUUUUAUUUGGAAUAAAACUAAGUUUUUUAUUUAAUAAAUAAACUAAUAAUUCUUUAUUUUUUUCAAUAAUUUUAUAUAAAUUAUGUCAAUAUGUUUGUUAACGAAGUAAAUGAAGUUAAAAUAUAUAAUCUUAGUGCGGGUAAAUCGGUGCCAGAUUGGCUUACCGACCGCCGCAAAAAGUCCCAGCUGAUGAAAAAGGUUGAUUCUAGACGGCAAAUAGAGUUGAUACAAGAUUUUGAUAUGCCAGGAGUAUGUACCUCCAUACGCAUGUCUCCCGAUAAUCAGUACAUUUUAGCCACGGGCACCUAUAAGCCUCGAGUUAAAUGUUUUGAGGUCUCCAAUUUGUCUAUUAAGUUUGAAAGAUGUUUUGACUCGGAAGUUACCACUUUUGAGGUAAUAGGAGAUGAUUAUAGUAAAAUGGUGUUUUUGCAAUGUGAUCGUUAUGUGGAAAUACAUGCUGCCCAUGGCAGGCAUUAUCGUUUGAGAAUACCCAGAUUUGGUAGAGAUAUGAAAUAUCAUAAACCCUCCUGUGAUAUGUUUAUAGUGGGCACUACAAAGGAAAUCUAUCGUUUAAAUUUGGAAAGGGGACAAUUUUUGCAACCUUAUGAAUCGGAGGCCUCUUGCAUUAACACCUGUGAUGUUAAUCCUGAACAUGGCUUGCUUAUGGUGGGUACAAAAGAGGGCACCGUAGAAGCUUGGGAUCCUAGAUCUAAAACAAAAUGUGCCACUUUGGAUGUGGCCAUAAAACUACCGGGUGUUAAAGAAUUUCCCUCCAUAUCGGCUUUGAAGUAUAAAGACGGUCUUCAUAUGGCGGUGGGCACCAAUUCGGGACAUGUUUUGCUAUACGAUAUACGUUCUAAAGAGCCUCUGCUAGUAAAAGAUCAUUUAAAUAAAUUGCCUGUUAAACGUUUGGCCUUUAAUAACACUCAAAAUGCUGUUUACUCCAUGGAUGAGGCCAUGUUGAAGUUGUGGGAUGAACAAACGGGCAAACAAAUUGCUUAUAUAGAAUCCACAUCUUCAUUCAAUGAUUUCUGCACCAUACCUGAAACCGGCAUGUUCUUUUUGGCCCAGGAGGAUGUUAAAAUGUUGACAUUCUAUGUGCCCGCCAUGGGACCUGCCCCUAGAUGGUGCUCUUUCUUGGAUAAUCUCACCGAGGAAAUUGAAUCGGAGGUGGUAGAACAUAUGUAUGAUGAUUAUCAGUUUGUAACACAAAAGGAAUUGGAUGAAUUGGGUCUGGAACAUUUGAUAGGCAGCAAUUUAUUAAAAGCCUACAUGCAUGGCUUCUUUAUUGAUGCCCGUUUGUAUCACAAAGCCAAAGCCCUGGUCGAUCCCUUCGCCUUUGAACGUUUCCGCAAAGAGAAGAUUAGACAAGAAAUCGAAAGUGAGCGUAAACCUCGACUCCAGCUUAAUACCAAACUACCUAAAGUCAAUCAAGAAUUGGCUCUCAAAAUUAUUGAUGAACAAGCAAAUCCUUCGGCCAAACAGGCCAACAAACAAGUACCCAAUCUAUUGGCUGACAAUCGUUUCAAGGCUAUGUUUGAAAAUACUGACUAUAAUAUCGAUAAAAAUGCCGAGGAAUAUAAACUUUUGGCUCCGGUUUUGAAUCGUUUGGAAAAAUCCAAACUUAAGGAAAUUAAGCAGCGCAUAGAAGUGGCUCGAGUUAAUGAACUGCAUGAAGAUGAGAACAAACCCCAUGAGGAAAGUGAUAAUGAUGAGGAUUUGUUUGGUCUGGAGAAAAGCGAUGAUGAUGAUAAGGAUUCUUCCGGCCCCGAGUCCUCCGAUGAUGAGGGUGUAAGAGACUUUAACAAAGAAAUGAAAAAGGCCUACAAAGAUGUUAAAAAACAAAGAAAAGAAGAAUUUGAAGAACUAGCCGAAGAAGAGGAAAUGAAAGAAGUCAAAGAAAAACCUAAAACUUAUAAUAAACCCAGAGAUUUUAAAUUAACUUCUUUGGAAUCAACCACCGAAAUGAGUAAUGUAAAGCGAGGCAUGAUGAAGGUUUCCCUGCAGGAUCGUGUGGCUAAAGUUGAGGAGACUAAUGCUAAAGUACAAACUAUAGGCCGUUCUUUGGGCAAUCGUCAAAUGACGUUUGAUAUGAGAAAACCACCCUCCAAAGAAAUGCGCAAACGUGAAUAUCAAAUGAAACAACAUCGUGAGGAGCGCAAGAAAUUGAUAAGACCUAUAAAGUCGUUGAAAUUGAAAAAAGUUAAUUUUAAGUAGUGCAAUCAAUAAAUUGUAGUUUGGUUUUGUAAGUUUUUUGCGUGUUUUUCAUUUUCUUUUCUGCAAAAUUAGUUUGUAAAUAAAGUAUUUUAAUAAAAAAAAAUAAA